GCUGAUUGGCGAAAAGCUGUUUUUGCCGGAACAACAUUGCGGGUUUUCGUUUUUUUUCUCUUGAAUUUGUUGUCUCUUCUUUUUGUGUCUUUUACGUAAUUGACGUAACCGACGCAUCCAUCAGCUACUCCUCGCAUUCCCCACACUCCGCCGGAGCACCACCGAUCCAGGAGAACUGGUCUACCCACGCAAUGUCGCGAUCGGCGCAAGAUGUGGCCGCAGUGCUGCGCGGCCUGCGCUUGGUGGCAGAGGCGUGUGGGCGGGAACACCUCAACCAGGGCCGUCACCUAUGGAGCAACUCGAGCGUGCGCGAGCUCAUAGCCUCAAACGUCAUCGAAACGAGUGAAUCAUUGAAGCGAUCUGGCCAGCAGCCCACCGAGGAGCUAAAAAAGUUACAACAAGCCCUCCAGGAGACCGGAGAACGGGGCUACGUGGUGGCCAAAGGCAUCUGUUCCCUCCUCGAGACCCAGAUCCGUUCGACCCAAAAGGAAUUUUCAACAAAAAUCACUGAAUCACCAACGACACCUGCUCCUGCUGCUUAUAGAGAUCCAGUCCAGAGAUCAUCGUCGUCUCCGAAGGUGGUUCGCCCUGAUUUGGAUGCCGCCAACCUGGACAUAUCGUCCAUAACGCUGCAGGAAUUCGAGGAGAUACUCUCCAAGCGCAACAAAAAUCGUAGUGUUAGUUUGAGGACGGCGGCCACCAAGACCAGUCAGCAGAACCAGCCCGACAUGGACAGGGAGCGGGAGAAGGCGGACCAGCAGCCGGAUCAGAAGCCGAAAAAAGGCGGUCCUGGCGAUCCUGGCAUCAUCACCAAGGACACCCAGUACGUGGACAAUGUGAUGCGGUUUGUGGCGGGCGCCCAGCCAGAUGGGAAGCCGGCCACCAAGUCCGACGACACCGUCCAGGAACUCAGCCAAGUGGCCAAGCAACGCAAGGUGCCCUCCUCGCGUCUGGGCAGGAUGGCCUCGUUCGGAGGUCUCUUCGCUGGACUGGGAAUUGGAACGCUCAAUGAACUGACCAAAGGAGCCCUGGGUCUGGGCGGUUCCACCAAUAUGCGGGAGGCCUUCCUCAGCCCGGCGAAUGCGGAACGGAUUGUGGACACCUUGUGCAAGGUGCGAGGAGCGGCUCUGAAGAUCGGACAGAUCCUGAGCAUCCAGGACUCGAGUGUGGUGUCGCCGCAGCUGGCCAAGGCGUUCGAGCGGGUGCGCCAGGCGGCGGACUACAUGCCCGACUGGCAGGUGGAGCGCGUGAUGAACACCCAACUGGGUGCCGAUUGGCGUGGGAAGCUCCAGAAGUUCGAGGAAAAGCCGUUCGCCGCCGCCUCCAUCGGUCAGGUGCAUCGGGCGACGCUGCUGGACGGCAUGGAGGUGGCCAUUAAGAUUCAGUAUCCGGGCGUGGCCCAGAGCAUCGAGAGCGAUAUCGAUAAUCUGGUGGGGAUGCUCAAGGUGUGGGAUGUCUUCCCGCAGGGCUUCUUCAUCGAUAAUGUGGUCCGGGUGGCGAAGCGGGAGCUGCAAUGGGAGGUGGAUUAUGCCCGGGAGGCGGAGUACACCGAAAAGUUCCGCCAGAUGAUAGCCCCCUAUCCGGAGUACUAUGUCCCGCGCGUCAUCCGGGAGCUGACCACGUCGAGUGUCCUCACCACCGAGUAUGUGCCGGGAGUGCCCCUAGACAAGUGCUUCGAUUUGAGCUACGAGCACCGCCAGCACAUCGCCGUCUCUGUCCUGAAGCUGUGCCUCCGAGAGCUCUUCGAGAUCGAGUGCAUGCAAACGGAUCCGAACUGGUCGAACUUCCUGUACGACGCCCCCAGCAAGCGGCUGAUGCUCAUCGACUUUGGAUCGACGCGGUUCUAUCGCCACGAGUUCAUCCGCAACUACCGGCAGGUGAUCAUCAGCGCCUCGGAGAACAAUCGGCAGGGUGUCCUCGAGAUGUCCCGCCAGAUGGGCUUCCUAACCGGCUACGAAACGAAACAGAUGGAGCAGGCCCACGUGGAUGCGGUGAUGAUUCUGGGGGAGAUCUUCCGCUACGAUGGGGAUUUCGAUUUUGGGAAGCAGAACACCACGGAGAGAUUGGCGGCUCUGGUGCCGACGAUGGUGGCCCAUCGGCUGUGUCCGCCGCCCGAGGAGAUCUACUCCAUUCACCGCAAGCUCUCCGGCAUCUUCCUGCUCUGUGCCCGCCUCAAUGUCCGGAUGAACUGUGUGCCCCUGUACAAGGAGAUAAUCCUGGGAAAGUUCAAGGAUUAGAGUGGGUUUAUGGGUUCUUGUUUCAUGUACUUUGUUGCCAGUGGGUUGGAAACUUGUAUCAAAAUGGCACAAAAAUAUAAUUUUUGUAUUUUUUUUUUAAUAAAUAAAUGAGUUAGAAACUUCUAUAAAUAUA